AUAUGAUUGAGACGAUGAGGAGAGCAGAGAUCGACACAACGGCGCCGUUUAAAACAGUCAAAGAAGCGGUCGCUUUGUUCGGCGAGAGAGUCUUAGCCAGUCAAGUUUAUUCCAACCAUCUCAAAGUGAUGGAAGGCGAGAAAUUGGAAGAUCCAGCAAAGGUUGAGAUAGAGCUUAAAGAGACAAAACACAAUCUCAAAAGGGCAAAAGAAGAAAGCAUACAAAUGAAAAACUCUUUGUCUUCUCUUAAGGAAGAGCUUGAAAGGACAAAACAAGAACUUCUGAAGCUGAGGGUAGAUCCUGAGAAACCCGUAACGAAAAUCGAUGAGACAGUUUUCAAAACCAAAUUCGAAGUGUUGGUUCCUCACGUUGAUGAUGAACCAAUAAGUACUAGUCCAAGCUUGAGAUCGAUGAGUGAGAAGAGAUACGUUACAUUUGCAAACCCUACAACGGGCAAUAACGGGUCGGUGGUGGAUAUGUUUCUCGAGAGACACCCUUCGAUGAGAAACAAGGAGCAGAAGAAGAAGACGAAGAAGAAGAAGAGUUUGAUCCCUUUGUUUAUUGGAGGGAUUUUCUCAAAGAAAAAGGUUUUGCAGUGAAACAGCUUUGGUUUC